AUGGAGGAGAUGAAUGCGACGCCGAGCGAACAGACGGCGCGCCAGGGCGGCAGUGCCGAGCUGCAGUGUCAGGCGUCAGACGGCUCGGCGGGCGGCGAGGUGCGCUGGUCUCGGGCUGGCCAGCCGCUGCCCGCCGGCGCCGAGCAGGCGGGCGGCUCGCUGCUGCUGGCGGAACAUCGCACCGGCGGACCGCGGGCGUCUACGUCUGCUUCCGUCGACGGCGCCCAGUCGUCGGCCAUCGUGGAGGUGGAGCGGCUGGAGCAUCCCGUGGUGGAGCUGUACCCGGCCACCUCGCAGCAGGUGGUGAGCGGCGGCUCGGCGCUGAUCCAGUGCCGCGUCACCGCCGGCCAGCCGGAGCCCCAGCUCAGCUGGACGCGUGCCGAUGGCAGUCCGCUGCCGCGCUCCGCCGAACAGGUGUCCGGCGGUGUCAUCAGAUUCCUCCGCGUCACUGGCGAGGAAGAUGGACAGUACGUGUGCACGGCGACCAACGCGGCGGGUUCGGCCAGGGCCUUAGCGAUCCUGGACGUCAUGUCGCCCCCUGUCAUCAGGCUCGAGCAGCCAACGCUGUACAGGGUGUCGGAGGGCCAACGGGUGCAGCUGCGCUGCUCCGCCAGCGGCGACCCCACGCCUUCUGUGACCUGGGAGGGCGGCGGCGUCCGGUCGGGCCUGUCGGGUGUUCCGGGCCGCACCAUACUGCACAUCGACGACGCCUCGGCCGCCGACGCCGGCGUGUACACGUGCCGCGCCGAGAACGACGCCGGCCGCGCGUCCGACCGACUGCGGCUGGUGGUGGAGCCGGCCGACGACGGCAGGCGCCCGGCGGCCGGGGGCGGCCGGCCUCCCGUGUACCCCACCGGCUCGGCGCGCCCCUCCGAGGAGGUGUACGUCGUGCCGCUCAACGGCAGCGCCGAGCUCAUCUGCCUCGUCGAAGGUUCCAGCCCUCCAGUCCGCAUCUCGUGGGUUCGCUCCAGCGGCAAUAUGCCAGACAACCACGAAGUGCGAGAUGGCACUCUGUACAUCUUCCGCGUGCAGAAGGAGGCAGAGGGUACCUACACCUGCCUGGGCCAUGGCGCGGGUCAGCAGGUGCUCUUCCGGGCCGACGCCACGCUCCGAGUGAUCGAGCCACCACGGGUGCAGGUGGAGCCGCUGCGCCAAGUGGUCCAGCUGGGAGACGCGGUCAGCAUCCAGUGCUCUGCCACCGGCGACGAGCCGAUCUCGGUCUCCUGGGAGCGCCUCAGCGGACCGAUGCCCGACUCGGCCUCCGUCGUCCAAGGCAUCAUCGCUUUCUCUUCGAUCGCCGAGUCAGACGCCGGCCGGUACAUCUGCGUGGCUGAAAACACGGCAGGCCGCGCCCAGGGCGUGGCCGAGGUUCUCGUCAGCGAGGGCGCCCGGAUCGUGGCGUUCGACCGUGACGUGCGGGCGUAUGUCGGCGGCACGGUCACCAUGCGCUGCGACAGCUCCGGCUUUGACGGCCGCAUCAGCUGGUCCCGCGAGGAGGGCCCGCUGCCCGACAGCGCCGUCGCCGACGACAUCUCACUGACCCUGAGCGACGUGGACGAGUCGGCGGCGGGCCGCUACGUGUGCUGGGUGCUGGACCAGUACGGCCGGCGCCAGGAGGACGUCAUCACACUCCAGAUCGAGCCCCCGGGUCCGGAGCCUCUGGCCGUUGCGUGCGCCCCGGGUAUGUUCCCGUGCAUGUCCGGCGAGUGCCUGGCGAUCGGCGACUUCUGUGACGGCCAGCCCGACUGUGCCGACGGCUCGGACGAGUCGGGCUGCUCGCCCCAGUACGGCCAAGGACGAAAUGCAGCUUUGUCUCUGCCACCGGAGGAGACGCCACUCGAGUCCGCGGCCAAUGACGCCGUGGCCGACGACACUGCGACCGACGGCGCCGUGGCCGACGACACUGCGGCUGACGACACCGCGGCCGACGACGACGCGGCCUACGACACCGCGGCCGACGGCGACGCGGCCGACGAUACUGCGGCCGAAGACACCGUGGCCGACGACGACGCGGCCUACGACACCGCGGCCGACGACGACGCGGCCUACGACACCGCGGUCGACGACGACGCGGCCGACGACACCGCGGUUGACGACGCCGCGGCCGACGAUGCUGCGGUUGACGACGCCGCGAGCGACGAUGAUUCUGCCGCCGGUGUCGCAGCCUACGACGACGCGGCCUACGACGCUGCCGCCUAUGACCUCGCGGCCUUCUACGAUGCGACCUACGACACUGCGGCCGACGCCGAGCCGGCCUACGACACUGCGGCCGACGCCGACGAAAAGAAGCAGGAGGUCAGCAGCAGUGAGGGGUAUUGACAGGAGUAGGGUGUGUUGAUGUGCUGAGCUGUAGAGCCGGGUGUGUGCGUAUAGCGCUCGGUAGCGUGGGCUUGCGCUCGUCUUUGCUGGGAUCUGUAGUCACGCUCGCGGACUGCGACAGUGCUCACUAAACAAUUACUGCCAUGUUCGGUGCCCAGUGCACCUUUCUCUGCACUGCCACUGCUUGGACUGCGUCUUUUGUAUUGCUCUUUAGAAAUAUAGUUUGGUAUAUCA